AUAGACUAAAAAAAAACCUUGUACUAUUAGUUUUUCAAUUAAAGGGAGACAAAACACAACUGAAAAUUACACAACUAAACAAGAGAAAUAUUAAAAAAAAAAAAAAAAGUAGAGCCCACAAAGUGACACAGUAGGUAGGACCCACACACCGCCCAUGCGGCACGCUGUCUAUCUAAACCAAAACUAAACCCAUUCAUCAUUCAUCUUAACCUUAACCUCCUCCUCCUCUCUGACCUAACCCUAAACCCAUCUCGCUCCUCUCCUCUCAUCUCUCUCUCCCCUUCUUCUUACAAGCUUUAUUUUCAUGUAUUACUAGUUCAGCUCCAGUUUCAUCUUACAUGUAUAUGACUUUGGUAUCUCCCUUCUCUUAAUUUUUCUUCUUCCGAUUUUUUACUCUUUGAUUAAUUGAAUUGAGUUAUUGUACAUCAACAAGCUAAGCUUCUGGUCUUGAGUUGAGUGGAUGAGAAGAGGAGAUUAAUUAAUUAGGGUUUUCAGUUGUUUACUUUAUUUUUGCUUUUGAAUCAAGAAAUGGAUCAGGUCUCUCGCUCUCUUCCUCCACCUUUUCUCUCAAGAGAUCUCCAUCUUCACCCGCACCAUCAAUUCCAGCAUCAGCAGCAGCAGCAACAGAAUCACGGCCACGAUAUCGACCAGCACCGAAUCGGUGGCCUAAAACGUGACCGAGACGCUGAUAUCGAUCCCAACGAGCACUCUUCAGCCGGAAAAGAUCAAAACACUCCUGGCUCCGGUGGAGAAAGCGGCGGCGGAGGAGGAGGAGACAAUCACAUCACGAGAAGGCCACGUGGCAGACCAGCGGGAUCCAAGAACAAACCAAAACCACCAAUCAUCAUCACUCGAGACAGCGCAAACGCUCUCAAAUCUCAUGUCAUGGAAGUAGCAAACGGAUGUGACGUCAUGGAAAGUGUCACCGUCUUCGCUCGCCGUCGCCAACGUGGCAUCUGCGUUUUGAGCGGAAACGGCGCCGUUACCAACGUUACCAUAAGACAACCAGCUUCAGUACCUGGUGGUGGCUCAUCUGUCGUUAACUUACACGGACGUUUCGAGAUUCUUUCUCUCUCGGGAUCUUUCCUUCCCCCUCCGGCUCCACCAGCUGCGUCAGGACUAACGAUUUACUUAGCCGGUGGUCAGGGACAGGUCGUUGGAGGAAGCGUGGUUGGUCCACUCAUGGCUUCAGGACCAGUAGUGAUUAUGGCAGCUUCGUUUGGGAACGCUGCGUAUGAGAGAUUGCCGUUAGAGGAAGAUGAUCAGGAAGAGCAAACGGCUGGAGCGGUUGCCAAUAAUAUCGAUGGAAACGCAACGAUGGGUGGUGGGACGCAAACGCAGACUCAGACGCAGCAGCAGCAGCAACAACAACAACAGUUGAUGCAAGAUCCGACGUCGUUUAUACAAGGGUUGCCUCCGAAUCUUAUGAAUUCUGUUCAAUUGCCAGCUGAAGCUUAUUGGGGAACUCCGAGACCAUCUUUCUAAAUCGCGGAAAAAAAAAACAAGUUAGAUACGUUCGUUGUUUUUAAUUUUAUAAUCACUCCUCUGUCAAAUUUUAAUUUUCUUUCUUUGUUUUCUAAAGAUAAUUGUAGCCUUUGACGAAGAUUCGUGGUACUAUGAAUCGAAGAGAAUCGUUUUGGUCAUUGGAUU